CACACCUCCCUGGUGUCUUAGGUCUCUUCCCAUUGGCAGUGGUUUGGGAAAGGCUCCUUAAGCCUGCCACUGCUAACACAGACAUUCUUAUCAACGUGCUGUAUCUGCCAUUCCCCUGGACAGCCUGUUUUACCUCCAUGGUGUCUCCCCAGGUUAACGACAGAGUAAUCCUGGUAGAGGAGGAGCUGAACUUCACUAUCCACAUCCUGGAGAAUGUUGAGGAUGCCACGCUGUCCGAGAACCUUAUGAGGCCAUUAGAAAACCUGAGGCACAUCAGAGAGGACUUGGGGAAUUGCAUCAGGGAUCAUCUCCAUUCCCAUCAGCGCUCCGAGAGGCUGACCAGAUGGCUCCAAAAAUUCCACCAGGCCAAGAAGACAAAAACUCCUGGGUGCCUGGAGGAAUCUGUGAUCUUCAAUCUGUUCCGCCUGUUCAGCAGCUUAAAGUGCAUGGCCAGUUCCUGCAACUAAACGCCGGGUCUUUACACCCUCCCACCUUGUGCCUUUCCCCAGACAUUGGAGAGCCCAGCAAAUGGAAACCCUAAAUCCUUCCUACGUCUAUUUGAACCAGGAGUGAUGCUUUUCCACCUUGGCCUCUUACAGCAAACACCUAUCGCCUCUGAGCAAAAGAUUCACAUGCAACUGAGCUUCAAGAAGAUGCCUCUCUGAUUUCAGCUGCCACUAGCUGACUGGGUGUAGGCCAAUUUCUUACCUGCUGCUAAUGUGUAAGGCCGUCUCCACUGAUUUCAAUACGAGAUUGGCCAUUGAUCUCAGUAGGAUUCAAAUUUGGCCUGAUAGGAUAGUAUUAUUGAUUGUAUUCAUGUAUUGCUACACAAAGACAUUUGCCAAUAGUAUGUUAAGUGUUGCCAUUAUAUAUUUGUAUUUAAAAGACUGGUUUUUACACUGUUUCUUUGGUUUACGGACUAAUGAGUAUUUCAUUAGUAUCUAUGGCUAUGUCUACACUACCACCCUAGUUCAAACUAGGGUGGUAGUGUAGACAUACCCUUAGAAAGAUGCUGGAAAUGCACCACGUCUGCUGCAGGGAUGCUACUGCUGUAUUACACAGAUUCCUGGAAUCUAUUUUUGUUUUAUUGGUUGACAUAAUGUUAAACCGUAUUUAAACAAAUCCAAGUUUUAUUUAAGUUCUUUAUUGUAAGUUAUGGUUUAUUUAUAUGCAAAUUGA